CAUGAAAGUUGUCAAUUGCGAUAAAUGUUUGAAGGACGAAAACGAAACUGUGCCUGCAACUCACAACUGCAAGCAAUGUAAAAUGAACUAUUGUGAUAAUCACUUAAAUCUUCACAAUACUUCAAACAAGACUAAAUCACACGUUAGUGAUCUUGUUGAAUUAUCUGCAGCAUCCACUAUUCGAAACUGUGAUAAAUGUUUAAAGGAUGAAGACGAAACUAUUCCAGCUACUCAUUCCUGUCCUAGCUGUAAUAUGUGCUUUUGUGAAAACCACUUGAAUCUUCACAAUACUUCCAAUAAGACUAAAUCACAUGCUUCUUCAGUGGUUCCAAUUGAAAGUCAAGUUUCUGCUGCAAAGAAUUGUGACAAGUGUUUGACUGAUGAUGAAGAGAAAGUUUUGGCAACUCAUCAUUGUAAACAAUGUAAUGCUCACAUGUGUGAAAAUCACUUGAAAUUGCACAAUUCAUCAAACAAGACCAAAUCUCAUGUUAAUGAUGUUUCAGAGUUGACUAGUGCAGGUUCUUCCUCUGGUGGUUCUGGUUCAUCUGUUGCUGCUUCUUCUGGUGGUUUUGUUCCAUUCAGUGGAAAUUAUAAUCAUAUUGGUACUUUGGGUGAGAAUGAAGAUUUUAAUUUUGAAUUUGCUGGAGUUGCUGGUCUUGCAAUUGAUCCAGUCAAUCGUACCAUUUUCGUUGCUGAUCGUUGGACUUUCUUUGAAUUUGAUUUAAAGACUAAAAUGUUGAAGAAUCACUUCAAGGAACCUCAAGACAGAGAUAAUAUGCAUCUCUGUUAUGAUACCAAGGAUAAGGCACUUGUUUAUGUUAUUGACAGAUGUUGUGCAUCAACCAUUGUGAAAAUUUCUAGAAAUGGUAAGAUGGUAUUCUGGGAAAAUGAUGGCACUGGUAUGAUUUAUAGUAUGGCUGUUGAUAAGGUUGAUGGUACUAUUUACAUUGCUCAAAAUGGAGGAGUUGACUUUUUGUCACCUGACACUGGUAAAAUUAUCAAGACUUUGAGACAAAACAUUCAAGGAAACAAUGUUUUUGGAUUGAGCAGAAUUGAUUGUAUGGGUAUUAAUGUCAAUAACGAACUUGUCCUUAUCAAUGAAGAUACCAUCUUGGUAACUAACAAGAAUGGAAAAAUCUUAAAGAAAUUUGACAAGCAAAGAACCUACACUCAAAAAUGUCCACAAUUUGAACCAAAUACUAAUAAGAUUUAUUGUGUUCAAUAUGGUAUUGAUUCUAUGAAGGAAGAUGGAACCUGUCUCACUUCUUUCAUGAAUGAGAAUAGUCCUUACAAGUUUGGUUUAUAUCAUGCUGGAAGUGGAAUGGUAAUUGCUUUGGACAGUGCUACUGGAGAACUUUACUGUGGUUUUGCAGAAAAGAAUGUUGUUCUUGUUUUCAAAUAAAUAAUAAAAAAAUUGUAAUUUCU